CCUAUGAUGCUUAAAAGUGUCGUCGAAAGCCCUUCUCGCAUUUUUUAGUUAAAACGACAUUUUAGAAAGCAUCGUCGUAAGCCUUAGUGCGCUAACGUAACGCUUUAAAAGGCGUCGUCGGAAGCCUAAUCAUCCUCAAUCUAAUCUUCUCCCGAGACAACAUUUUACAAAGCAUUGCUGGAGGUCUAAUCUCUCCAAGAUGGACAACAAUCGUAGAGUAAACCCCCCUCCCUCCUCCCCGAUCCCAAUUGCUUCUCUCUCUCUCUUUCGGAGAAGAAUCCCUAACACCCAGCCGCCAUCAUCCCAGCCCCCCUUCCUCCCCGAUCCAACUCAGCUAUCCCCCAAAACCCCCCACCGAGCUUCGAAUCAAGAGCCAUACCCUUGCCCUCUCCCCCUUCCUCCCUCAUCCAACUUGGGUAGCCCUCUCCCCCCAAACCCCCCACCGAGCUUUGGAUCAAGAAUCAUACCCUAGCCCUCUCCCCCUUCAUGCCCUCCCUUUCUCUAUGGGGAAAGGACGACCCUGCGCCGUCGAGAAGGGCAUUCUAAGGCAUAGCCACGACGCCUCCCCCUCCACCACCACACUCCCCCAGGCCCCCGUGUUCUACCCCACCGAGGAGGAGUUCAAGGACCCCUUGGAGUUCAUCGACAAGAUCUGUCCCCACGUCCAGCCCUUCGGCAUCUACCGCAUCUUUUGGAUCUCGGAGAUGACAAUGAUAGAUAGCUUGAUCGAGCUUGUGAACCAGAUCCAGAGAGCGUGCACGGUGCUCGGCGACUACGACGGUGCCAACGGUGGCGCCGCCCUGCCAACCCUAUGGGAGGCGCUCCCUUCUGUCGCCGUUAUUGGAGAACAAGUCUCCCCUCCGUCCCCACAGAGGAAGGGAAGCAGGAGUAUGCCGAAUUCCUGCACUUGCAGAGGAGGAAAUUCACUGACUUUGGUUUUAAUUCAGCUGAGUUUUGAAGGAGCUAUCAUUUGAUGGAUUCGAAAAAGAAAGAAGAUGAAGACCAAGAUGAAGAUGAAGGCCGAAAGAUGCUUCCAUUUCUACUGUAAUUUAUAAUUAAUUAGGCUUUUUAAUUUUUUUUAAGAAAUAAUGUUAACAACGCUUAUAAGCGUCGGAAAAAGCAUAUGUUAUAUGAAGUGCAAUUUUAAUAGGAAUGUAUUUUAUAAGGUUGAAUAGUGAUGCUUAAAUCUU